AUGUCUUCAUAUUUAGUAACCUCGAUUCCUAAAUGGACUCCAAGUUCCAUCCCAACUCACACGGUGCUUACUUCGGUAGCUGCCACACACUCUUCGAAAUUGGCAAAGUCUUUAUCGUCUGCAACUGCUAGAUUGGCGACGGAAACACUCACAGAAAAUAUUCAGAGUCUUACAUGGGUCGUGAGAGGUGCUCAAGCUUCGUUAACCGUGAUUAGUGCUGAAAAUGUUUUAGCAACGGCCACAGAUUCUUCAGUCCAGGCCAGGGCAACCCAGGCUAUCUUCGACGCUACCUUAAACAUGAAAGAGCUCGUGGACGAACAAAAUUUAUAUGGGUACAACCUCAAUGUUGGUGCCAAUUAUUUUUUUCUUGUCGUCUAUGGAAUCAUCACUCUUUACUUUUUAUUGAUGUGUACCAUUUCACGAUACCAUUGGUUCAACAUAACGUUUUUGUUAGGUUACGGACUUGAAUUUGUGGGGUUCUUCGGAAGAAUCAAAAGUAUUCAUGAUGUAACCAAUACAAACUGGUACAUCAUGCAAUUCUUACCCUUGACUAUAGCACCGGCUUUCAUCAUGGCGGGAAUUUACUUCUUCUUAGCCCAACUAACUGUGGUAUACGGCCGUCAAUUCUCGAAAUUAAGGCCCAUGUGGUACUCAUACCUAUUCAUUUUAUGUGAUAUUGCAUCUCUCUUGAUUCAAGCAGCGGGUGCUAGUAUAUCUUCCGACACCUCUAACUCACAGAAAAUGGAGCAUAUAGGGCUUGACGUUGUCAUUGGAGGUGUUUCAUUUCAGCUUCUUGCCAUGACCAUUUUCAUACUUCUUUGGCUCGAUUUUUUCAGAAAAGUCUACUUUGCAAAUAACAGCGAUACGGCCACUAUGAACGCAACAUUCAAGAACUACCUCAGGAUGCAUUGGUCCACCGAGAAGGCUUAUAACUUUCAAAGAAAUGUGAGAGAACCGUACUAUAAUUCGAAAUUUGCCGAUAUCAGAAGUAGGAAACUUAUGAGAUACUUCCCACUAUAUGUGUCGAUUUCGUUGGUUCUUAUCUAUCUUCGGUGCGUGUAUCGGAUUGUGGAAUUUGCUGUUGGAUUUUCUGGCUUCAUCGUAAACCAUGAAGCAUUUAUGAUGGUUUUCGAUGCAAUGAUGAUAUCUCUUGCAGGUUGCAUUUACUUGUGUUUCCAUCCAGUGUGGGUUUUCGGAAGGCACAAUGUUCUUAAGAGAAAGCACAUUAGUAAACGCAAGGAUGUGGAAGAGGAAUUGAAAAGCAACAGUGAGACCGAAAUGAUGAAGGAUUUCGCAGACCCUAGUUGA